GCCUUAUAUAAGUGGGGGAACAGAGAGUCAAGCCUCUGUCUAUUCAAACUCUAGCAGAGAAUUACUCGUGUUUUGGCCGCAUCAAUGGCGGCUCCUCUCUCUACCUCUCGAGGCCUGCAAGAAGAGAAACUUGUCUCGUCCUUUGACCCCUCAAGCUUGAUUAUUACCGCGCUCGUUUCCCCCGAACAGAACUCUACAGCGGAAGCGCUCGCAGUUGAGGCAGACUCCAGAAUGCCUGGCCAUGGCGAGGAAGGAGCUCGAGGGAUUCCGGAGAAGGGACCGGAACCGGGUGGGGUCGGGAAGGAGGAGGCCAACGAGGGCCGGGCGUCGUCCCCGAGAGGCGUCCUGGAGAUUCCGUCCCUGAGCUCCGACUCCGAUCACAGCGGCUGCGGCUGCAGCUCGUCCUCGGCGACGGCCGAGAAGCCGACGGCGGCACAGAGGCUGCACUGGUGGAGCGUGGUCGACGCGCUGAAGAGGAGGUCGGCGAGGAAGCUGCUGCCGACGCCGAGUCCGGGGAUAGCGAGGGCCGACGAGGACGCCGCGCGCGGAAGAGGAUGGAAGACCACUACGGCGGCGACGACCAAGAAGAAGAAGAAGUUGCUGAGGAUUCACAGCGCCGAGGACGGGAUGGAUCGCGGGGCUCUGAACCUGCCGGCGUGGAAGCCGACUUGGCGGAGCUUCGACCUAGCGGAGCUCGUGGCGGCUACUGACAAUUUUUGCCCUGAGAACCUGAUUGGCAAAGGAGGGCAUGCGGAAGUGUACAAAGGGCGAUUACCUGAUGGCCAACUCGUUGCGGUGAAGCGGUUGAUGAAGAAAGACAAGGAAGAAGAGAUUAGGACUGCUGAUUUCUUGUCUGAGCUGGGGAUCAUAGCCCACAUCGACCACCCGAAUGCGGCUCGGUUGCUCGGGUACGGCGUGGAUGGCGGUCUGCACCUUGUUCUCCGGUUCUCUCCUCACGGGAGCCUUGCUUCGGUACUUCAUGGUUCAACAGAGAGUCUUGAAUGGAAAGUAAGGUUUAAGGUUGCUGUAGGAGUGGCUGAAGGGCUGAAAUAUCUCCACUAUAGUUGCCAAAGGAGGAUCAUCCACAGAGACAUCAAAGCCUCCAAUAUAUUACUCACCGAAGACUAUGAGCCCCAGAUAUCUGAUUUCGGAUUGGCAAAGUGGCUUCCUGAGAAGUGGGCUCAGCAUGUCGUGUUCCCGAUCGAGGGCACGUUCGGAUAUUUAGCACCGGAGUAUUUCAUGCACGGAAUUGUGGACGAAAAGAUCGAUGUUUUUGCGUUUGGAGUUCUGCUGCUCGAGCUCAUAACAGGUCGCCAUGCUGUUGAUUCAACCCGCCAGAGCUUAGUUAUGUGGGCAAAGCCACUCCUCGACGUGAACAACAUCAGAGAACUGGCAGAUCCUCGGCUGAAAGAUACUUACGACAUCGAUGAAAUGCAAAGAGCCACACUGACGGCUUCAAUGUGCGUUCACUGGAUGUCCACCAUGCGCCCAGAUAUGAAGAAGGUAGUGCAGAUGCUGCAGGGUGAGGAUGGCUCUCAAGAGUGGAAGCAGAAAUCAGUAUCAGGAAGAGCUCUUCUGUUGGAUGCCUGUGACCUGGAAGACUAUUCUUGCACCACCUAUCUCGAAGAUCUUAACCGGCACAUGCAACUGCUUCUGGAAUGAAAUGCGGCAUCACCCCGCGAUGAUUUGUCAUAAAUUCUUCU